AAUCAUUCCCAUUCCUCUCUCUUUCAAGAAAACAAAGCUCUUUUCCUCGCUCUGCAUUCCACAGAAUACAGAGCAAUGGAGAUUUCUGUAUUGGGUGGUGGGUUUAAGCAAGUCAUCACCCGCCUGUCACCCUUGCCUUCCCUUUCCUCUCCUGCUUCUCCACUGCCCUCCACUACCAGAGCGAAGAGCUCUCACCUCACCUCUGCAACUCCUCCUCUCCACAAGGAGUCGCAAAUUGAACCAACCCAUGUUUCUGUGACACCAAGAAAAAGGUGUCAUUCGGUUGGCUACAAAGCGCGUCAAUCUGCCAUUCUUGAAGUGCAGCAGUCAUCUGAUUUGGGUUCAGCUCUUGCAAGGUUAGGAGACAUGUUGAAGGUGCAAGACUUGAAUGUCAUUUUGCGUCAUUUUGGGAAGCUAUGCAGGUGGCAGGAUCUCUCUCAGCUCUUUGAUUGGAUGCAGAAGCAUGAAAAGAUCACCUUUUCAUCUUAUAGCACUUACAUAAAGUUCAUGGGAAAGAGCCUCAAUCCCAUAAAGGCACUAGAAAUAUAUAAUAGCAUACAAGAUGAAUCAGUCAGAAAUAAUGUCUCCGUCUGUAAUUCUGUUCUUAGUUGUCUGAUCAGGAAUGGGAAGUUUGAGAACAGCCUUAAAUUGUUUCAUCAGAUGAAGCAGGAUGGUCUAAGACCGGAUGCUGUCACAUAUAGUACGCUACUUGCAGGCUGUAUGAAAGUCAAACAUGGCUACUCUAAGGCAUUAGAGCUAGUUCAGGAGAUGGAACGUAGCAGACUGCCCAUGGACAGUGUAAUUUAUGGAACACUUCUGGCUGUGUGUGCAUCAAACAAUCGUUGCAAGGAAGCAGAGAACUAUUUUAACCAGAUGAAGGAUGAAGGUCAUUUGCCUAAUGUUUUCCAUUAUAGCUCUUUGCUCAAUGCUUAUUCAGCAGAUGGAGACUAUAAAAAGGCUGACAUGUUGGUUCAAGACAUGAAAUCUGCAGGGUUAGUACCGAAUAAGGUUAUUUUAACAACUUUAUUAAAGGUAUAUGUUAGAGGAGGCUUAUUCGAAAAAUCAAGAGAAUUAUUAGCUGAACUGGAAGAUUUGGGCUAUGCAGAAGAUGAGAUGCCUUACUGUUUAUUGAUGGAUGGCCUUGCGAAGUCUAGGCGUAUACUCGAAGCUAAAUCAAUUUUUGAAGAAAUGAAGAAAAAACAAGUGAAAUCUGAUGGCUAUUGCUACAGUAUCAUGAUUUCAGCAUUUUGCCGAAGUGGGCUGUUGAAAGAGGCAAAGCAGUUGGCUAGGGAUUUCGAAGCCACGUAUGACAAAUAUGACUUGGUUAUGUUAAACACAAUGCUCUGUGCUUACUGCAGAGCAGGUGAAAUGGAGAGUGUGAUGCAAAUGAUGAGGAAAAUGGAUGAGUUAGCGAUUAGUCCUGAUUGGAACACCUUUCAUAUUUUAAUCAAGUAUUUUUGCAAAGAGAAAUUGUAUCUGCUUGCAUAUCGGACCAUGGAAGACAUGCACAACAAAGGCCACCAACCAGAGGAGGAACUUUGUUCCUCCUUAAUUUCUCAUCUUGGUAAAAUACGCGCGCAUUCACAAGCAUUUUCUGUUUACAAUAUGUUGAGAUAUAGCAAGAGAACAAUGUGUAAGGCUCUUCAUGAGAAGAUUCUACAUAUUCUAGUAGCUGGACGGCUUUUAAAAGAUGCAUAUGUAGUGGUCAAGGACAAUGAAGGCUUGAUCUCUAAACCUUCUAUAAAGAAGUUUGCGACUGCAUUUAUGAAGUUUGGUAAUGUAAACUUGAUAAAUGAUGUUAUGAAGGCUAUCCACGGUUCUGGCUACAAGAUUGAUCAGGAACUAUUUCAGAUGGCUGUAACACGUUACAUUGCGGAACCUGAAAAGAAGGAACUGCUUCUCCAUUUGCUACAAUGGAUGCCUGGUCAAGGUUAUGUUGUUGAUUCAUCAACAAGAAAUAUGAUUCUCAAGAACUCACACCUAUUUGGCCGGCAACUCAUUGCUGAGAUGUUAUCCAAACAGCAUGCAAGGGCAAAAGCAUUGAUAUCUAAUUAGAUGAAUAAAUGAGCUAACUGAGGCAAGCAAGCAACUGCAUGCCCAAAUUGUGCCGAAACUGAAGGAAGAUACCAUGCAUGCUCUGAAAAGUUGUCCAUCUGAUGGGUUCAUUAGAAGAACAGCAAUGCAACAAGCAUCUCGAAGUGAAGGUUCAGCGGUUUACCAUUCAGUCACAACUGGGUCUUGAUACGUGAGGGUUCCUUGGCAGUUGCUCAUGAUUUUGUUGUAGAAAUGUUGGAUUAUGAGAUUCUAGAUCCUUCAGAAUGUGAGAAGUUAUAUUUGAAGUUUAGAUGAGCAAUUUUUGGUACUCUUUUACUAGA